ACAGAAUCGUGACGUCACUUUCCACCCCUACCCCGACCCCUACAAGGUUAUUUAGUGUUUUCAUCGUAUCUCGCAGAGGCAUAUCGUUCUAUGAACGCCGGUAGCGCCAUGAAUAUUAACUCUUAGCUGGAUCGAACUGAGAAUAGUAUUUAUGUUUAGUUAGGCUUUGUGUUCAACCACUGGUAAGCGCGAUGGUUCAAGAGUAUCAGUCCCCUGUUAGAGUUUACAAGUACCCGUUCGAAAUUGUGAUGGCGGUGAGUGACUGCGUUUUGCUUGAUUUGUUAUGCUCUUGUGUGUAGAAAACGCGGAAGACUAAUUUGGAAAAAACCUACUACAGAAACCUGCUAACAGAAAUUUAAAGUGUGAUGUGUUUAACCGAAGACAGGCCUUGAAUCUUGAGUUGAAAAGAGUACAUAGGGCUUUCCACGAUGGAAUAUGUGUAAUCUGGCGGCUUUGGCAAUUUGAACAUAUAAUUUACGAUCUCUAAUUGUAAGAGCUGAUAACGCCUUUAGAAGUCGUUUUGUGGGUGUACUUAUCCACUUUAUCGUCAUUUUCUUCAAAGGCAUACGAAAAGCGCUUUCCUACAUGCAAGAUGAUUCCUGUGUUUCUUGGUAGUGACAUUCUGUCGGAAUACAAAAGUGAAGAUGGCGCGAUUCACAACAUCGAGAGACGAUGUAAACUUGACGUAGAUGCACCAUACUUGCUGAAAAAGGUAAGCCAGCUAAUUUGAACUCCUAAAAUUCGAGGAAUACGUUCUUGAAGGUGUGGCAUAAUGUGAAGAAAUUAAUAUUACAUAACGAGAGGGCAAGAAGCAACUUCUCAAAACAUCUUUUAAAUACAAGACUAGCAGUUAGAGAAGGUUUAAUAAUAGAUUGAAGCUUACGUAUAAAUAGCAAGUUCUUGGGUGUUUUUUAAUUUAUAGGAUGUUAAGGUACUCAGCUUAUUAAUUUUUCUCGGUUUUCCGAUUUCUGCUUACGUGUUUCACAAUAUUUGCUUUCACAGAUUAUUGGUGUGGAGUAUGUAUAUUUCAACCAAACAAACUGUCUGAAUCGACGAGACCGCACUUUAACUAUUACUGCUUUCAAUGAAAGCUUUUCAUCCCGCGUUUUUGUUAAGGAACACUGUUAUUAUUCGGUAAGUAUGUUCUUUAACACAUAUUAAAGCGAUAUAAUGGAAGAGAUUUCGAGACAUUUCCAUCAUUCGUUGGGCAUUAAAAUAUAAUGUUACGUGGUCAUAGACGUGAGUUGGAAUCGCCCUCGGCGAAUUGCGUCAGCUAUGAUGUACUUUGAGGUUCAUUCGUAAAUGAAUGAAUAUGUAAACAUCCAAAGCGUGGCACAAAAUAAACAACAUGCGGCUUUUACUAUAUUGCACCGAAAUUUAUUAUGCAUAGUGGACAACUAUGUAAAUUAUAUACAUUUGAGUCAGUAGGUUCCUUUCAUUUACACAAAGGUACCAAAAUACCACAAACUUGGUUUUACUUCGCUUUCCAAGGUUACAAUUUCAUACCUGUUUAUUUUUGUAUGACAGCUAUGAAUUAUUUAUCCAAUAAAAUGAUUAUAUUUUGGCCUUAUUUGAUUAAUAUUGGAGAGUGUUUGUCCUGAAGGAAAAUGAACCUAACCCUAACCUUAACCCAAAACGCUUCUUUUUAUGAAGUGUGAUUUUAUUUUUCUUCCUUGUGAAAGUUCCAUUUUGUAGUGAAAAUUUAACCGAAACUAUUUGCUAUAAAAAUUAUGUUAUAAGUUAUGUUCUUUUGUAAUUGUUUACGUCGAAGGAGCCAAUAGUCAAAACAUAUUUGUUCAUUGGCCUAUUAGCCUAUUGUUACUGAAGGAUGAAGCCAGCAUGGCUCUCUUCCAAAAAGUAUAAUAUAUUGAAAGAGGCUAAACGGAUUUUUUCAUGGGCAUACUUUUUAUUCACCAUAAAGUUGACACAGUGCCUUUUUCACCCUUCUCUCUUAAGGGUUCUUUCAAGUGGAAAAAUUGGUUUUACUUCUUGAAAUUUAGAUUUUUCCGAUAAUUUUUCAAUAUGUUGAACACUUAUCUAAAAAUGGAUUUCAUGUUUGGAUCUGUUGAUCCAUGUUGUAGAUGGGUCAUAGAUGGAUUUUCUGUUUGACAAAUUUGUAAAAUCUGGAUUUGGAUUAUGAAAAUCUAAAUCCACAUUUCCCAAUCAACUUCACCCUUAGAAUAGGUUACUUUCAAGUAUACGGUAAGGAAAAAUACUGAGUCAAAUGCUCAUGAUUUAGAGACAAAUUUCAACAAUUUCAAUGACAAUGCUGCCUUCAAAUAUGUACACAAUGUAAAUUCAAAUUUACUUAAUUUUCCCCUGAUGAAGGGAGCAUUGCAAUUGCCAAAACAACAGAAUGUAUUUCUUAAUUAACAAUAUUUGACUUACCAAUAUUUCUUAUUGAAUUGUUAUGUUAAACAAACCAAUAGUGGCUUCAACGUUAAAUGACAAACAGAAAAUAGAUGGACAAAUUACAAGGGUAAAAUUAUGGUAAAGCAGAACUGCAAAUAAUAGUUAGUCAGUGUUCAUAUGAAAUUGGCCCAUGUCCAGUGAAAUGUUAACUCUGGCUGGACAUGAUAUCUUCAGUAACACCUACUGACAAUGACUAUCAUUUGGUAGUUGAAUAAAAUCUUAGUUAAGCGCUUGAGAAUUGUGCCAGUGAAUUGACAGUGUUUCAUUGAAUGUAAGGUAGUGAUCAGUCUACCUGUGAAUCUCUUGCCUACCAUGCACCAUUUUCAUUUAAGACACAUAAGUGCGACCCAAGGGAGUCUGGCCACAUUUUUGUUUUGUCUGACCAAGAUGGAGGUUUAAAAAGAAAGAAAGAUAAAUAAAUGAAUCAUUUAUUAUUUGCAGCUCUGCAAAGGGAUAAUAAUACAUAACUAUUUGACUCAUCAUUUUUCGAUCUGCUUACUAGGUUCACCCUGAUAACCCUGAGUGGACUUGUUUUGAACAAGAUGCAAGCUUGGACAUCAAAUCUUUUUUUGGCUUUGAGGCAGCUGUUGAAAAGCUGGCAAUUAAGCUGUAUCUCCAGAACAUUAAGAAGGUGAUUAAUAAUUAAUAAUUAUUUAUUUUUUCCUUGGUUUGUAGCUAAUGUUGCUAGGAAAAGAAUAAGAAAAAAUUAGGAAAAAUAUUGCUCUUAACAUCUUUUUUUUUAAUCGCAAGUGUUCAAAACACUCCUGGUGCCACCAUCUCAUCCCUUAAUUUGGGAUUUACUGAAAAAUGUGUUUUGUAGACCCUAAUUGUAAUUGGGCUGUGGUCUUGCCAGAAGUAAGGUAGUUAGAUCUGUUUAGUCCCCUUAGUGGAAUAGAACAUUGUCAUAUGGUUAUUAAUAUUUUAUUUUAUUAUUGGUAUAACACAAGCACUUUCUUAUGGCUCAGUCAAAAGUGGCGUCACACAGCAUUUCCUUAUUCUACAAUGUCAUUAAUACGAUCUGACAAUAUGAUCAUAAUACGAUCAUAUUAUGAUCAUUAAUACAAAUCAUCUUAUCAUUAAUAUGAUAACCAAUGAUGGCCUUGAAUUCAUCAGUCGCUAUAACUGUCACAUUGUCAGAAUUUUACCUCAUUGAUAUGACCAGUCAAAUGUCCCGUGAUGCAUAGUGCAAUGGGUGAUGCAUAUUGUGUUUAGCAAAUCAAUAGUCAGAAUUAAGUACAGUCAAACCUCUUUAAUACAGACACUAAGGGGACCAUAAAAAGCACAGAGGUGUCUAUUAAGCAGGUGUCUGCAAAGGAGGGGGGAGGGGGUUGCACUGUAUAAGUCUUGGCCUUCCAUGGGUUAGAAAGCCAACAUGACACUACACCCAUUAUAAUACAAUAUUUAUUAUUAGUUAAGCACCCUGUUUAUGCGACCGGCCCAACAGUCUUGCUAUUAGAAGGGGUCCAUUGUAUAUCACACCCCAGAGCAGUAACACUGAUCUGAUGAAAUGUUGCACUCCUUUACAGGGCAAAGAAGUGAUCCAAUAUUACAUAGAUGAGUUAAUGAGUGAAGGGAUUACAUAUCUGCCUCCAUUUGAGAAUUCACAAGGGCGACCAAGAACAAAGAGUGCAUCAGAAGCCCUGGUGGCGAAUCCUGAGCAAACUGAAGAGGAUGGCAAUGCGCUUCCUAUUGCUAGUUCUGCAAUAGAGGUUGCAGAUGUGGAAACCUUGGGUGCCCGAUCAGGUAUUAAAGCAUAUGAUGAUACAUGCAUGUUGUUAGUACAGGCUGUCCAUGUUCCUAUAGUGGAAACGAAGACAACUUUGUAUCAUAUUUUUUUCUUCUCUGAAUCCUAGAUUACAAGCUUGAUGAUGACUAUAUCCAAAGAUUUCUUGGGAAACUUAGCCCAAAAGAAGAAAAUCAGCUUAUUAAGGUCAGUGCAUGGCAAUACACUUUGAUGCGCUAAUUGGGUCUUAGAUGUUUGGAUUGCAAAUAAUGUUUCCGUCCAAGUGGGGUAAUAUAUAAAACUUAACUGUCAGGGUACUCAAUGUUUUACCAUGAUGUCUCAGUGUACGUCCAUGUUCAUGCCUUUACCAACGGCGUUCCCUCAGACAAAAUUUUUAAUAUUUUGCUUUAAAUGCUGGGCCUUGCAGUGGACUAACAUUCCAUCUGAGCGGGAAGGGAGAGUACACUUUAGCAUUACCCCUAGUUACUUCAUGCUAUAGAAACCGGUUUAAGCUGUGUGAGCCUCAAGGCUUAAGGGUACUUUAACCUUACCUUAACCUUAACUUGAGCUCACAUUGUUUCGUAAAUGACCAAAAGUCUUGAAUGGACAGAAUGAGUUCUCAAGACUUGUGUAUGGUGAGGUCCAGUCUCAGUCCAGUCUCUUUCCAUUUUUCAUUUACCACCUCUUUUUUGAUGUUAAAAAAAAUUUUAAUAUGAUGUACAGUUAGAUCCUUGGGUGCAAUUUUCCAGUCGUACUAGUGCAUUAUAAUAUUGAAAUUUUUUAAAUUGACUUUGGUUUGUUUAAUAUUCUUUAUUAAUAGCUGCGCAAGAAACUCAGUGCCACACAUCAGGGGAAGGUAUUUAUUAUUCAUUAUUAUUAUUAUCACUAGUAUUAUAAAAAAGAGGAAAUCUACCACCACAUGAAUAAUAAUUUUUAUUCCUUUCUUUUUUUAUUAGAUGCCAAAUGAUGCUCAUCUUUUAAGAUUUCUCAGAGCACGGGACUUUAAUUUAGACAAGGUACUGUAGAUUCUUGAUUGUUGCAUCUCGUUCUUGAUACUCGGUUCCUGUGACACUCAUCAAUCCAGAACUCUUGACACUUAGACUGUAAAACAGUCAGCUUUUUGCUCAAAAUCAACUUAGCGUAGCUUAAGAGUCUCACAUGCACGAAGCCCUCAAGCCUUACGCUCCCAAGGGGCGUGUCCCUAGUCUUGAUCCCCAUUUUCAGCCUCACUCUGAACAAUGCAGUUAAAGCUUAGUUGUCCAUUUAUUGUUUAUCGAUACAGUCUUACGAAAUGUUGUGUGAGUCAUUGGCAUGGAGGCGGCAUCACAAUAUUGACAAAAUACACGAGAUCUGGCAGCCUCCAGAUCCACUUCUCAACUACUACUGUGGAGGGUGGCAUAACACAGACAAAGGUAACAGUUUUAUGUACUGUAACUUGAAAAUAAAUAAUUGAUACCCAGUCUUGUUACAGUAGAUGGCCCUAAUUUUUACACCUGUGAAUGAAAUCCUGUGGUUUACCAUUUAUACAGAACCUCUUUACUAGCACAUCCUUGUAGAGCUAUUUGUUUCUCAGCAUUUAAGUACAAAUUGAAAUUUAGAAGUGUUUUGUUGAGCUUUAACUUUGGCCUCUUUUAGAAGGGUUUAGAUGAAGGAAAAAUAAGUGACUGUGUGUUUUCCUUUCUUUAGGCAGUAGAACCUAAAUAGCAUUAACCUUGUAUAGGAAAACAAGAAGUUUGUCUCUUCAGUAAAUAUGAUGCUUAAAUAUAAACUCGGUUUGCUGGAACAAAAGCUUAUAAAUUUACUAGAUCAAGCUGGAAAGGACUGGAAUACAAGAUGGUUUUUCUUUAAGAUCAAGUUUAGUGGCAUCAUUAUUGACUUGUUGGUAUUUUUUCUUUGUUAUAGAGGGGCGACCAUUGUACAUCCUUCGGCUGGGUUCGAUGGAUGUCAAAGGACUGUUGAAGGCUGUAGGGGAAGAUGGAUUUCUAAAACAUGUAAGUAGAGUGUUCACUGGUAAAUGUGUGGAUUGUGACUGGUCAUCAAAGCAAGACCAGCAUUUAGCUGCAUCAAAAUUUAGUAGCAAUUUAAAGGGACUUCCUCAAUUUGAGCUUUGGUUAAUACUUGAAAGAAGGGGCAGAUUCUGAAACUUCAUACUGGAAUGUUUAUAAACUUUCCACAGUGUAUUCUAAACAAUCAAGCCACAGACAACAAGAUACAUGAAAGUUUGUUACAUUAUGUUGCUUAUUCCUUCCACAAUUUAAUGAUAGUUUUGUUGUCUCAACAGUAUAAAUAAAUUUAUAAUUUUCCCAUUUCUGGAGUUUAUAGUAGUUUUUGUUACAUUAAAAGGUUGUGUUGGAGUGACAGUCUUGCUUUGUUGUGUCAUUGAACAUUGACUUCACAAUGCUGUCUCUUUCAAGGUUGUUUCCAUCAAUGAGGAAGGUCUCAAAAUGACUGAAGGACUCACCAAGAACACAGGACAUCCUGUUAGGUAUGCAGUUUCUUAUAGUCAAUAAAUACUUUGAAUUGUUGGAAUUACAAUUAAAGUCUCUAAACGGAUAUCUAGUCCCAAUGGUGACCAACAAAACAAUAUCCAUACAUAGGAAUUACAAUCAAUUAAUAAAAUGAUCACCAAAAGAUGGAUACCUUUUAUCAAAUUCUCUUAACUCAUUCUUUAAGGAAAUGUAUGGAGACCAGUUUAGAGAAUUUGUAUGUGGAUAUUGGGACUUAUAAAGGGUUAAAGUAUAUGUCUAAGAGUGAUGUCCAUCUUUUAGAGUGUCAAAUAAAGGGCAAUAAAAGAAAGGCAAGAACCAACUCAAACUGAUGGUUUUAUUGAGGUGUCCAUCUUAUGGAUCAAGGUGUUUUUUUCAGAUAGAUAGAGUUGACUAUUUUUGAAUAAGUCACACCACUGUUACCUUUGCUGCUUUGAUUUUGAUUAUAUCACAUGGAAGUACUUAGUUAAAUUGUUAUUGUGUCUUUUCAGUUCAUGGACUUGUGUUUGUGAUCUGGAGGGCUUAAGUAUGAGGCAUCUUUGGAGGCCUGGUAAGUGAACCCAUCCAACGUUGUAUUUUUCUAGCUGGUAUGGGAUCCAACAUCCCUUGCUAUUCAGCAUGUUUCAUGGUAUGUACAUUUUACUGGCAGUAUUUCCAAGGUGCGUGAUCAUCAUCAUACUUCGGCUGCAGAGCAGCUGACCACAAGUUUCCUCCAUCGAUGGCGGCCUUGAGCUAUUUCCAACAGCUGAUUGUCAAUUAGCAAGCUAUCAGGAUCACCUAGAAGACAAUGAAUUGGUGAACAAGGUUCACUGUCUUCCAGAUUUUCUCCUCCCAUGAGUGGGAACAUACACUGCAAAUUCUGUGACAAGCUUAUUUUCAGGCUAGCAGAGCACAUGACCAAGCAAACUCAAUUGCUGAAGCCUGACUCUUUCAAUAAAGGGAACUGUUUCUGUGAGGCUGUAGACAGUAGCAUUUGGUAUUCUGUCAAUUCGUCCGAUGUUUAAUUCAGUGGCAGGACCUGCCCAAAGAAUUGAUUUUGUUCUCCAUUUCCUUAGAGAAGGCAUACCACCAUAUAACUUUGGAAAUUUCUUGCUUUAGGCAUCAAGGCAUUGCUAAAGGUGAUUGAGGUUGUUGAGUGUAAUUACCCAGAGACAAUGGGCAGGCUGCUGAUUGUCCGUGCACCCAGAGUUUUUGGUGUUCUGUGGACACUGGUUAGUCCCUUCAUCGAUGAAAACACAAGAAACAAGUUUCUUAUCUAUGGCGGAAAUGAUUAUCAGGUAUUACUUGUUUUUCUUGUCAUUCUUUUUUAAUAGAAAUAAUGCAUACUUGCAGUGCUCAAAGUAAUGGCCAGUUAUCGGACACUGUUCGGCCUGAAUGGCAACUUGACCAACCAAAAAAUUCACUCACCGGUCAUGUUGACAAGUCAUGCUUAUUCUCAGUCUUGAACAAACAACCAAAUCUUCACCUGUAAAUCUUAGAUUUGUCUCUUCGUAACAUACAAUCAUGUUCAUGAAUUGAAAAUUACACAAGGAUAAGUUAACUUCUUUCCCGAUAUUUUGACCAGUCAGAAUUGACACUUGACUGAGCAAACUUUCUUUGCUGUUACAAAAAUUAUUAAAAUUAGCACUGACUUGUACGCAUUUAUUAUUCCAAUACUGUCAACAGUUACUUGUAGUUGUAUCAGUUUCACUUUUACCUGAUGUGUUGGUUUGAUUACAUACUUGUAAUGUUUUAUUCCUUGAUUAUAUAUUGAAGGAUCCUGGUGGCCUGACAGACUACAUUGCAGCAGAAUACAUUCCAGAUUUUUUAGGGGGUCCAUAUGAGGUAAGUAAAGCAAUGAGAUACUCAGUCAAGCUUCCAUGAACAGUAACCAGAAUUUCUAAGCAAUGUCUGCUUGCAUCUACACAUUCUGAAGCUGUAUCAUUGUAUUUUUUGUCUCAGUCAGAUUACUUCCUUUUCAGCGUUGUGCACAGUAUAUAUAAAGCAUUGUCCAUCUCUAGCUAGGCAUCGCAACUGCUUAACUCCAUCAGACCACAGAUCAGACCACAUUGUGGAGCAAUGAUUUGAAACUCUAUAACUUAAAAAUUUGUAGAGGAAAUCCUGUGGUGUUACUAGUCGAAUAAAAACACUUUGGCGGAACUUUAAUUUGUCAUUGGAUUUUUUAUUUCGCCACUGUUUCAUUGAAACAGUUUUACAGAUACCAUUUUGCUUCUUUUCUAGUGCAACAUCAAGGAGGGCGGUCUUGUCCCAAAAUCACUUUACAGAUCACUAGAGUUCAGUGAAGGAGAGGAAUCAUGGAGUAGUGAAAUCUAUCAGACUACUCACGUUAGCAAAGGGUCACCUCAUGAGGUUUGUUCCAUACUCCUUUAGCUAUACACCUGUUGAAUAUUAUACAGAGGGAAUAGCCAUUUUUUGGCAAAUGGCUUUCACAUUAGGACUCUACAGAUCAAGGGUCAAGGAUGGAAAAGUCAUGGAAUAUUGUAGGAUUCUAAAAGUGCACUAUGAACCUUGCUAUGAACCCAAAUUUGUUGUGACUUCACAUUAAGCACUGUGCAAACAGACACAACUUUGUAUGUCAACAACUCCCAACAUUGUUUGAUGGUACAUGUAAUUAGGUCUGUUUGCACACCCUGUUGCAUGUUGUUGGGAGUAUCAAACAUUGUGCAAAGUUUGGUACAGGUCAAACGGAGAUGUAACAACUCCCAACAUGAUUGGGCCAUCAAUGUUGGGAGUUGUUACAUCUGUUUGCACUUAGCUUAAAGAAACUAUUCAUUAACUUGUGUUUCGGUUAAUUUCUAACUUGCAAUACUCCAGCUCAUCACUGUGCGGCAGAAAAGUGCUUUCUUUGUUAAACAGCGAAAACAUGGCAAAUUCUACAUGAGGUGCUAACCAAGGGCUCUUGACUUCCAUUGCCAACUUUUCUUUCUCUUUCAGGUCCUAGUCACUAUUAAGGAGUCUCAAUCAGUGAUCACAUGGGAUUUUGAUGUCAUGAAAGGUGAUGUCCAAUUCACAGUGUUCAGGCACAAGCGUCCACGUGAAGCAAUCAGUAGCAACAGCUUGUCAAGUUUUGGAAGUGAUGCAUCCAUCAACCAGUCUGGAGUUAUUGCUGGAGUUGAUGCCAUGGUCGUUGAAAAACCAAGGCAUUGUGUUGAUGGUGAAUCAAUACAGGUAUGUUUUUAUAAAGGGCUUCCUAGAGGGAUAUAUUAUCACUUUGUCAUUCAUUUCUGAAACUGCAAGUUGCCUGGUAGGUCAGGAAAAAUGUUGCUGUUGCAUUUUAGCUGGGAUGAAAAUGUUGCUGUCAGUUCAGCAUAAAUUUUUGACAUGUCCAAUUUGGAAUUUAUGACAGAUAUAGGGCUUAAAAAGAAUUAAUUGUUAUUUAAUAACAAAAUAUUAAUAAUUAUUCAAUAAUUUAAAGUUAAUCAAACCAGGGAGCAUUCCUGAGCAAACUAAUAAUUAAUGGAAAAAAUUUCGUUUGUUGUUCCAAAAAAAAUAAUCCAACGGUCAAAAUAUUUCAAUAAUCAAAUGUUGAUUUGGUUUAUGAACAAAAUCUACCUGUUCUUUAUUCUUGUCUGUUGUGUUCAAUCUAUUUGCUUCUCCGUUUUGAAAUUUGUAUUGCCUUUAAUCUGUUCAGCUAGAAUAGACAGACCGCAAACGCAAAGAAAGAAAAGGCCGAGGAUCGAAACCACCAAAUACAUCUGACCUCAGUUUGACCGUCGUGUUUUCUAAGAGGUCAGGCCUAGGUUUGUUGAUUUUGCAAACUGCAUGUAACAGUUUGUUUGGGUUUGAACUUCAGAAGCCAAAAAAAAAAAGUGAACUGUAAUUUUUGUUAUUCGAUUUGGAAUCGAGGCUAAGUAUGACUAUUGGAUUAAUUUUAUGAAUGGAUUAUUGAAUCAACAAACGAAAUCUGAAUGAACAUUAGUUUUCCUCCUGGUUUUCUGUUGAUUAAUUGAAAAUAACAUAAAAUAUUUGAAAGGAUAUUUUGUAAUCUCUUCUCUCCACGUGAAAUUAAUGUAAGCUACUGUUCAUGUAAAGAGAAAAUUUGACCAGAAAUACAUCUGUCUUCGUAGGCGAGAGUUUGUUAUUUUGCUGCUGAAACAGCCAAAAUGCAAAAGUGAACUAGAAAAGGGAACAUUUCUUCUGACUGUUGAGAGCUUUGUCAUCUGGUCAUGAUGCCUGUUGCUUCCACCUCUUGGAAGGGUAAAUCUUCUAACAGAGAACCAAUGCAGACAUCAUCUGGAGAUAUUUUAGAAAAUUAAAAAAAGAUGGGACUGUAAGUUGUAAAGGGUGCUGCCCCACCCUUUCCCCUCCCACCUCCCUUAGGAAAAAAUUUUGAUUCAUCUAUUAAUGUUUAAUUUAUUGUCUUUACUAGGGAACUCAUGUCUGUUCCAUUCCUGGUGUAUAUGUGCUACAGUGGAAGUACAAAUCAGGUGCCCCUACUGGUCAAGCACAUGGCCGUCAUACCAGAGCCAAGGUGAUGUACUAUCAUGAAGUACUGCCGUCUGGAGAUUUCAGGUAAUAUUAUAUAUCAGAAAACUGUAAAAUACUGUUGGAAACGGCACCCAUAAGGCACUACAACAGCUUUGCCUUUCACUUGAAGGAAAAGCUCCCUUACCAAUAUAAAUUUCAAGGGGGAGGGGGAGCAGUGCAUUGACAAACAGUGGGCACUGAGCUUUAUGUCCAUUGAAGCAAACAUCCACCCAUCCCUCCCUACCCAUGAAGGGUCAUUGGAAACACCAGGGGGUGGUCUCUCUUAAGACACGGAGGUCAAUCAUAACAUCUUGAACUUAAUCUAGAAAUUUAAAUUUCCAAAGGUGUAAUGGAGUGGGGAGUAUAAAUUAGGGUUUUGUGAACAAAUUAUUCAUAAAUUUAUGUUUUGGUUUUUUACUAUUUCAGAGGAUCAUUAUCCAGUUUAGAGUCUUGUCACAGUGGUUUCUCCCAGUUAAGUGUAUCAACUUCAGCAAGCCACUCAUCUGGUGCAAGCAGUUCAUCACGCCCAUCCAGAUAG